AUGUUCUUAUUCCCUCUCCGACGCUGUCUGAUCCUUACACUGGUGCCAGGCCUACUGGUCGAUGGAACGUUCGCAGAGGAUAGCCGGUCCCGGGCCCAUACGGCGCUCAAUACCCUCCAGGAAUGGUAUAAUGCCACCAGCGGGCUGUGGGAUACGUGUGGCUGGUGGAACGGGGCCAACUGUAUGACGGUGAUUGCGGACUUCGCGGCGCUGGACUCGUCGGUGAUGGAGACCGCGGAGUAUGUCUUUGAGAAUACAUUCGUCCAGGCUCCAACAUCAAACCCCAAUCCAGGUCCGGAGGUGAAGACGGUGUCAAAGCGGCAUGUGUUACCUCCACGAGGAAGCCAGGCCAAUGUCAAUGCCUCCGAAUGGCUGGACUCGGCCUACGACGAUGACGGGUGGUGGGCCCUUGCAUGGAUUGCGGCGUACGAUGUCACCCAGAACAAUACCUACUUGGAAUUGGCAGAAGGUAUUUUCUCGGCUCUGACUGCUGCAUGGGGCACUCAAUGUGGCGGCGGAGGGGUACCAUGGAGCCCCACGAGUUCCUAUGUGAAUGCCAUCACCAAUGAACUCUUUCUAUCAGUUGCCGCGCAUCUGGCCAACCGCGUCCCGUCCAAGCAGGACGAGUAUAUAGACUGGGCCCAGAGGGAAUGGAAUUGGUUCGCCGCGCAGGGCUUCAUGGGAGAGAACCACACGAUCAACGAUGGUCUACUGGAUGAUUGUUCAAACAAUGGCCAAACCGUCUGGUCCUAUAAUCAAGGGGUGGUGCUCGGGGGUUUGGUGGAGCUCAACAAAGCCGCCCCGAAUCGGACCUAUCUCGAGUCGGCCAAUACAAUUGCGAAGGCCGCUAUUGAAGCAUUAGCUGACGCCAACAUGGUCAUUCACGAGUCCUGUGAACCGAAUGACUGUGUACCCGACGAGACCCAAUUCAAGGGCAUCUUUAUCCGCAAUCUCCAAAUACUCCACGAAGUAUCACCACACGACCUGUACAAACAGGUGAUCAACAACUGUGCCGACAGUCUCUGGGGAAACGACCGGAAUUCCCAGAAUCAACUUAGUGUAGCGUGGGCCGGCCCCUUCCAUGAACCGGCCGAUGCGUCAACCCAUAGCUCAGCAUUAGAUGCACUCGUGGCGGCAAUUGCUGUCUAA